AUAAAAAAAAGCAACAAAAAAAAUGACAAGGAGAUCUAAAAUGAUGAAUGAUAGAUGUAUGAAUGAUGUGGAUGAAUAAGUUUACCAGUUAAUGAAAUUAUAUUAUGUUCAAAUUAAUGAAGGAAAUCUGUGAACUCAUUCCUAUUUUUCUCUUCACAGAAACCUACCCAAAAUCCAGGAUGAGCAUGGACUUCAGAAUACUCAAAAGCAAGACUGGGAAGCCCUAUUCAAAACUCCCACCUCUUCAUGUUGCUAUUUUGUGUAGCAAGGAGGAGGAGAAAACCUUGUCAUGGAGUAUCAGUGGAGAGGGAGUCUCCAAAGGAAUGACCAAAAAAAAACGGGUCAUGGCGAUUACUGAUGGAAAGGAGGUGGAAAGAGUCGUGGUCUUUGAGUCGGUCAGCCUGCAAUUUGUAGAUAAAAAGGGAUACAUGUUGACGGGGUAUGCCCUGAGGGGGGAAAACCCCCCAUUCAGCAUUAAUUUCACAAGAGAAACAAAACUGUUUAGCUCCGUGGGAGUGCCCAUUACCCCUGAUCUGGAGGAGAGAGGAAGGCAGCUCCUCUACCCACCAUCCCUUAAGUGCAGCCUUCGUGCUGCAAGAGAAGAAACUGCAAUGGUUUCAGUUCAGGGGAAGGUCAAAGAGGUCUCCUCAGUGGGAAAAGUCCAGGUUGGGAGGGACUUUGUCCCAAGAAAAACCUUGACUUUGGAACAAGUAAGUUCUCUGUCUUCUCUUUCCAUCGUUCUCUGUCACUCCAAGUCUUCCUCUCCAAGAAAUUAUUUUCUAGCUCCAACUAGGUCUGGUCCAACCUGAAGAAGCCUUACAUACCAAC